CUAAACAAUUAAGAUGAGCAAAAUAGCCAAAAAGGUGAGUGAGCGUACAAGAGAGGUUAAGCAGUUUCUUUUCCUGUGUGUAAAGAAGAUAGAGAACAAGACCUGUAGAGAGCAAAAUAGAAGACAGUGUUAAAUCUACACUCUUCCUUGGUGGAGUUUGAAUCUAAUCUUCUGAGAAAAAAAAAAGGAUCAAAACUUUAAUUUUAUUUCUCUCUAUUUCCUGUCUUUGGUUUCAUGAAGCUUCACUCUUAGUGAUUCUGGUAUUGUGGAAGCUAAAGCCGCUGAGUUUAAGUUGCAGAUCUUGAGGUUCUUAAAGUAUUGUGUAAUGGAAGAAGUGAAGGGACAAAGAGGAAAUGGAACCACUGAUGCAGAUUUUGUGUUGCAAUGGGGGGAGAGAAAAAGAGUUAGAUGCAUGAAAGUGAAGAAAGAUCAAAGCCGCAAGUCAUCUGAUUGUUUGUCUAAUAAGCGCAAACUCAUUUCUCGUGCUGUCUCUUCUGAGAGAGGCUCCCCUUCUCGUCAUCUUAACCGUCCAAACAAGGUUGUAGAGUCUCCUGGUAACGUGAGGAGAUCGUUUGUGGCGUCGCCUGAGAAGGAAGAUAGGUACUACACAACGAGGGGUUCAAUGGGUGUAGAUGAGAGUGGGAAGAUUAUAAAGGAACCUGUGAAGGAGACCAAGAAGCAUGUGUGGCCAAAGUUGUUUAUAACUUUGUCAAAUAAAGAGAAGGAAGAAGAUUUCUUGGCUAUGAAAGGGUGUAAGCUUCCUCAAAGACCCAAGAAACGAGCCAAAUUGGUUCAGAAGACUUUGCUUCUGGUGAGUCCAGGUACUUGGUUAUCAGAUCUUUGCAAAGAGAGGUAUGAAGUAAGAGAGAAGAAGACUUCAAAGAAGGUAUCUGAUCUUGUCUCUUUCUGCAAUUAAGUAUGUUAGAAGACUUAGUUUAUUUAAGGCAAUGGGGAGCAUGGAGAGCGAUUCAGAGUAAAAAACAUCCAAGAUUUUGGUGAAGGAUAGAAGGGAGAAGAGAACGCACAAGAAUCUGUUUUGUUUCUUUCAUUACAUUUUCAGAUGUCUUCUCUUCAGGUCAACAACAACUACGACGCAUUUGUGUUUUUCCUGAAUGUUUUGCUUUUGAAGCUAAUCUAAUCAAAAUCUCUUUUCUCAGCC